GCUAAAGCAGUAGUCCUUGAAGUGAGGAAGGAAACGACACAAAGUGAAGUAAGCAAACUCGGCCUAUGUGCCAGCACAAAAAUGCUCAUCAAAUGGCUUCUUUACAUUUGGAAGAGACGUCCAAAAGCCAAGAGAUGGAUGCCAAAACGGAUAUGCAUUCCAAAAGGGAUUCGCAUGAGAGAGAAAAGCCGGUGGUUUUUUCCAAUCAAAUCUGUUGCUCCUCAGCAUAUAGAAAUUGUAGUCUAUAGUUACAGUAUACUGGUAACAUUUUGCCUCUCGCUCGGUGAAACAACAAUAAAGGUGGAGUCUUGGAGGCCAGAUUACCUCAAAUCCCAACUGAAAUCUUCUCCUUUUUUGUGUGAGAAAAAACAUGUUGGAAGGGAAAGCUUUGAUACAGGACACUGAUAUGCCAGUGAAGAUGCAGAUUCAAGCCAUGGCUUCUGCUUCUCAAGCUUUAGAUCUUUUUGAUGUUGUUGACUGCAAAUCCAUUGCUACACACAUAAAAAAGGAUUUUGAUAGGAGAUAUGGGAGUGGAUGGCAGUGUGUGGUGGGUUCAAACUUCGGCUGUUUCUUUACCCAUACUAAAGGAACUUUCAUCUACUUCACAUUGGAGACACUAAACUUCCUCAUCUUCAAAGGGGCUAACUCUCCUUCAUCUUCUCCUUGAUAUGCCUUUUUUCCCCCCUCAUCUUCUUGCUUUCUUAGGAUGUCCAUAUUAAGUAGCAUCCUUCUCUUUUCUAGUUUCCUUGUUAGUUUCAGACGUUAGAAUAGCCCUAUAAUGCUGUGGAGAAUAUUUUUUAAAUUCCUCGUUAAUGUAUAAUGUACAAGUAUACUAGUGCUUUUCUUUUUCUUGAAGACUUGAGUUUCUUCAUUUGAUUGGUGUUUC